UCCUUGCGGUACUGAUCGGCUUUAUGUGGUUCAUGGGCUUCGUCUAUUCCUGUCCUGUUGCCUGCCUGCACAUGUAUCCAGAUUGGCGGCACCCACAACACCAGCGGGAGGAGGUCCCAUUCCCGAACUGCAGCGGCAACACUUGGCCACACGACGGCAACAGGUUACGAGGCGCGACGAUGUGCCCGAAGAUCGCAGCAGUGGCAAUAGCAGAAGCAGAAGCAGAAGCAGAGGCAGAAGCGGCGACGCAUGCGCAGACGAGGCAGCACCAAGUGCUUAAGGAAUGGUAAACCUUACCUGCUCCGUCAGUUCAGGUUGAGCGCUCGAGUUGGUCGGUUCGCGUUACCAUUGCCAUUGCCAGAGAUCACGGAUCACAGAGAUCAGAGGGAUACGAUACACUCCCCGUGCACCUAACUUAAAAUCCAUCAUCGGUCGUGAAGUGUGAAGUGUAAAGCCAAUUCGUGAAUUGGUCAAGUCCGGACCCCAGAAACGAUAUAUAUGAACGAGAGUGCUUCGAGUGCUUAAGUACCAAGUACCCCACAGUACACAGUACACAGUACGGCCCAAGUACAGCCAAUAAACCCAACAAGAAACCAUCGACCAUCAAACACACACUGCUACAAAAUGGAAUACCGGUGCUUAAGUAGAAGUUCUGUCAAACACCUAACGGCUCUCUGCGUCAUCAGCAUCGCACUCACCUGCGCGAAUGCGGCACUGUGGCCGAGUUACAGCAGCGCCGAUGAUGACGCGCCCCUCAGCCGGUGUGCCGGGGGGCGUGGCCUGAAGUACCUGUCCGGCGAUGCGCUCACGGACUCGCCCGACUGCCUGGGACCCAACAAUGCUCCGUAUCCGAGCGCGGCCGUGGCGCGCACCUUCUCCAACUGGAACGGAAACUCGCGACGUGGCCGCCAGAGCAAAUUGCCCAGCACGCUGGACCCCGCCAUAACCACUAGUGCUCUGCUGAGGGCCUACGACGAGGUAAAUAACGAGGCCGUCGGAAGCAGUCGCUACGGUCGAUCUCUGAAGAACGCCACGCCGGCGCAGCAGUGCAAGAGCGAGACACCGGCGCGGCUAUGCAAAACGCGCUACAACACUACGGCGCCGAUGUAUGGCGUUAGUCUUACCUCUGGCCAGCCGGUGACCAUAGUCCAGAAGUUCCCCGAUCUCCUCCAGCAGGUGGUCUUUGAAGUGUGCGAAUCCUCUGAGUGCGACGUGGUGCGGGGAGAGUGUACGCAAACCUAUGUGCCUUACCUGUUCCUGGUCAUUCCCCUUGGCCCGGUGACUCUAACCGGCCAGGACUAUGUGCUGGUGGAGAGCGGAUGUGUGUGCAAGCCAAAAUACUCGACGGGCGCUGCCCAGGAGCCCAACAUGAUACCGUAG